AUGGGAUGGGGAAAUCGAGCCAUGUGUUCAUUUUUGUGUCCGUCUCUUUGUUUGCCACUGCCCCCCAUUCCAAUGAACCAGAAUCGGCUUCAAACAUUAAACUCGCGCUGGUAAAAGUGACCCACAAAGCAUAACAUAGAACCGAUAAUCCAGAGCACGAAACAACUUCGGAGAAUAAGAAGAAGCUCUCCGAUAACACACCUGCACUUGACAUUGUGAACGUGAAGAGGUGGGCGAAAUGUAAAUCAGCAUAUUUAAGCAGGGGUGAAGGCCGUCAGAAUUCAGUUUAUUAUUAUACCAGCGACCGCAGAGACCCGAAAAUGAAUCUUCCCACUACAAUCAUAUUAUUGGUGUUUGCUGUGGUUGCCUGGGCAGUAGAUCCGCCUUCAAAUCAGACUGUACACAUUGAGGACUCCCCGGAUUUUGUGGAUGACGAUGGUGCCCAACCAGCGGCCUUAUUUGUAGGAUUUGGAGUAACUGAAGCCACAAUUAUAACGGCGACCCCCACAAACGAAAAUACAACAAGUGCUUCAACAAGAGAUACCUCUUCAACAACCGUAACUUCAACAACAGAAAGUUCAACAGCAACUUCUACAGUUAUUACAACAACUGCUUCAACUACAACCACUCCCAAGCCGCCAGAAGAAGAAAUAUUCUUAGCCCUCCUGGCUGAGAAUACAGUUGCUUUGACCAAGUCUGACUUUUUGGCUAAUAUUUUAAACUCCGAAACGUCGAACAUCAUUUCGGAUCUAGACAAGCAAGUCAAGUCCUUAUCCCGGAUCAAUGACAUUGAAAAGCUCCUGUUGAAUGUGACGGGAUCUCUCGCUGUUUCGGAAGCCGAUCUUUUGCAAAGCUUGGUCAACUCCAUAUACAAGGUGGACUAUUUUGGAAAUCGGACCAUUAAUACUGUGUCAUAUUUGCUUAGAUUCCGAGAAUUAAAUCGUGAUCGUGUAAACAACUUUUCGAGCAAACUUAUCGGAAUGCAAGAACAAAUCCUGCGCAAUUCGAAGGGAUUGGAUGAUAAGCUGAGCCUAGUUAAACAGAUUCUUAAGCAAUACAUUACUCCAAGAGUAAACAACUUGAAGGAAUCAUUUGGUCACAUAAAUGUAUCUCAGGUUACUUCUGAAGAUGAACUGAGCACUCUGCCAUUGCUUAGAAAUCUCACCGAGACCUCCAUUAUCAAGGCGACAUCCCUGCUUAACCAGCUGGCCAUGCUCAACCAAACUCAGGACAAGAGUCUAUACAAUCUUGAAGAAGCUGUCAAUAAACCGGAGUUUGCCAACCUCAACAACAUCAACGAGCUUCUUCAUAUCAUAAGCAUUUCCCAAAAACGCAUUGACUUGGCCAUUUCGGUCUGUGAGAAUAGACCUACGGAAUAUAAUGCUAACAAAUAUGAGCCUUAUUCGGAGAACCAUUUACCUCACUCCAAAAACUGCUCCUGUAAGGCAAAGACUAAUGAUUUGUUAUCCGAACAGUCAUGGAAUAUUAAGGCAGCAGUAUAAGAAAUUAAAUUCUAAGCAGAUUAUUGCUAUAUUUGGCCAAACACUCUCUUUGCUAUGUUAUAAAGCAACAUCACUAUUUAGUUAUAAAGCACAUUUGUAAUUUUAAAUAAAUAAUUUUUGGAG